UAACACUUGCUUCUACUGCUGGAACUAGAACAGAAACAAUCAGAUUUUAAAGCUUUCUUUUCCUCAGUUUUUCAUAGAAGCUUAUUUGCUAUAGUCUUCCAGCCAACACUCGCACCUAAAACAGGCAAAAGAAAUGGUGUUUCCUGCAACAGGAGGCGGUGGUUGGGCAGACAUGAAGAGUAUCACCCUUCAAGUGCUCAAGGGGCGGUGGUUCGUGAUGUUCACAACAUUUCUACUGAUGUCCGUCUCUGGCGCGAGCUACAUGUUCGGCCUCUACUCCAACGAGAUCAAAUCCACCCUCGGCUACGACCAGACCACUCUUAACUUGCUUAGCUUCUUCAAGGACUUGGGUUCCAACAUAGGUAUCCUCUCUGGCCUAAUCAACCAAGUCACACCCCCAUGGGUCGUCUUAGCAGUGGGGGGACUUCUGAAUUUUUUUGGGUACUUCAUGAUAUGGCUGGCCGUGACCAAAAAAAUUACCAGACCGAGCGUCUGGAACAUGUGCUUGUACAUCUGUAUUGGUGCAAAUUCGCAUACUUUCACCAACACUGGAGCGCUCGUCACCUGCGUUCAGAACUUCCCAGAAAGCCGUGGCAUCGUGAUGGGGCUUACUAACGGUUAUAUAGGCCUGAGUGCCGCAAUUAUCACACAGUUAUUCCACGCCUUCUUUGGCGGCGACACCAAGUCUUUGAUUUUGCUGAUGGCAUCUCUUCCGAUGGCUGUAUCUUUCACUUUUCUUCGAGUCAUUCGAUUUAUGAAGGGUACUCGGCAGCCUAACGAGAUCAAAGUUUUCUGCAAUUUCCUCUACAUUUCACUGUGUCUUGCAGUGUUUUUGAUGAUUAUGAUUAUAGUACAAAACAAUGUCACGUUCACGCAAAGCGAAUAUGGUGCGAGUGUAGCCGUGAUGCUUUUCUUGCUGUUUCUCCCCCUUGCUGUCGUUGUCAAGCAAGAGUACAAGCUUUGGAAGAGCAAUAAGAAAGUUGUCAAUGAUGAUCCUUCACCGUUGAGAAUAAUCACUGAUCAGAAGCCAAACCCUGAGGCUUCUCCAUCUGUAACACCACUAUCAUCAAGUGAAGAAAAACAGGCUUCCUGUUGGAAAACAAUGUUACAGCCGCCAAACAGAGGGGAGGAUUAUACCGUACUCCAAGCCCUUUUCAGCAUUGACAUGUUACUGCUAUUCUUCGCCACAAUUUCCGGCCUCGGGGGCACGUUAACCGUGAUGGACAACUUGGGACAGAUUGGAACAUCCUUAGGAUAUCCGCUUGCAAGCAUAAGCAAUUUCGUGUCACUUUCUAGCAUAUGGAGUUAUCUGGGAGUUGUGGUGGCAGGUGUGGUGGCAGAAAUUUUUGUGACAAAAUACAACUUGCCUCGUCCUCUUAUGCACACUUUAAUCCUGCUGUUAUCAUGUGUUGGUUAUCUUCUAAUCGCGUUUAAUGUCAAACAUGCGCUUUACUUUGCAUCUAUAAUCUUGGGGGCUUGCUGUGGAGCACAAUGGCCACUAGUUUUCACAAUAAUUUCUGAACUUUUUGGCCUUAAGUACUACUCUAUUCUGUACAAUUUCGGGGCACUAGCUAGCCCAAUAGGGUCUUAUUUGCUCAAUGUGAGGGUCACUGGCUAUUUAUAUGACAAAGAGGCUAUGAAGCAACUGGCUGCAUUGGGCCUCACGAGGCAGCCUGGGGAGGAACUAAAUUGUAGAGGGGGGGAGUGCUUUAAAUUGUCUUUCAUUAUUCUUACUGCUGUGACAUUGUUCGGUUCUCUUGCUUCGCUUAUCUUGGUGCUUAGGACUAGGAAGUUUUACAAGAGUGACAUCUAUAAGAAGUUCCGGGAUGAGGUAAAAGCAGCCGAGACAGGACAGACGAUUGGCCGGGAUGGAGUUGGACUGUCGGUAGUUGUCGGAGGGGAAAAGGAUCUUCUCUGAAAUUGAGUGAAGCCAUGUCAUCAAUCAUAAAGACCAUAAAAUUAUUGGAGAAGACCCUAGCCUGUUCUCACAAGAGGGGAUUAGUAUUUGAAUAAACUUCAAUUAAUGAAUGAAAUGGAUUGAUAGAUACAUACUCCCACUUUUGUAUUGCAAAGUAUAUUUUCUUUGUUUUCUUGCAAGACAUUUUCUAUGUUGAUGUUCACUUGUCAAAGAAAAGAGGACGUUCUGUAAUUAUUUGCAUGGCACUAUCUGGAUUUUUCUUAAAAUUCUAAA